AAACACUGCCGUGCUUUCCAAUUCAACAUCUGGAUAUCACGAGUCACUCAAGGAUCGGCGACCGGUUUCUUCAACGAGAAACUCAACUUGCUUCGCCUCUUUGAGUUCUUUCAUCGAGCAUGGCAAGUCAAGAUGGGCUCUUCGGUCGUGCUUUGCUGUGCCAUCCUGUCCUCAAAUUCUCCCACUCGACGCUUCCUCGACAUGCGACCCCUUCUGCGUGGAACCAUAUCCAAGGUCCAGAGAUAUUCGCUCUGAUCGAACAGCUCGACCACGACUGUCUUCAGCUCAGAGUCGUACAAGGCACCAAAGAUCUGGAGGUUCUUCCACUCACCGCCAUCGUGCAAGAGACUAGAGACUUGCAUAAGAAACAUCCCCAUCUGCCACCUGACAACUUGCCAAUCUUCGGCCUGACCAAGGGUACUGCACUGGCAGUCAGGUAUUUCUGUCAGGACAACCAGAUCAGACGCAUUCAAUUGCGGUUUGCCAACAUUGACUCUUGCAAUGAAGCUGUAAAAAUUCUCUCCAGUCAUGGACUCAUGUUCUCUGUACCGACUGUCAAGCAACAGAAACAGCCUCAAGCUCGGCCAUCCACUGCAAACUCAUACAUGAGUCGCCUGUCUUCUUUUCAGCCCGCCCGCUUUGAUCGUGACACGUCUUCAAUCAUUGUGCCCACGGUUCAAGACACCUUUCAUCCGGCUUCAUCAUACCCUCAGCAUCAUUCCGAUCAGCAUACCACCAACCAAGGCAGCCCCUCUAAUAUGCAUAUGUUUACUUCUUCACCGACUGGAAAGGAGUACCAGACUCGGGACAUUGAAAGACAACCGACCGACCAAGCAGCUGACCUGCGCAUGUUCAUAUCUUCGCCAACUCCGAAAGUGUACCAGAACAUCCAAAGACAGCCAACCUUCGCACUUAUCCGUACAAGCGAAGAACCGGAGAACAGACCCUCGACUGCGCCUAUUCACUGGCCGUCAGACAUGACCAGGGACCUGCUGCCUCCAAGAAGAGAGCUACCAUUCCCAAAGCCGUCCAGCAGUCCUGCAAAAACCAAGAUGCUGCCGCCCCUAGCGAAGCCAAGCUAUGUGUCAGAAGCCGCUAAACCAGCCAAAGCAGAGAAGGAGAAAGAGGCCAAAACACAUUCAUCGCCAGAGAGACAUCCUUCUAUCCGUCCGGGCAUCACUCGACUUGCGACGCCUCAAGGACCCACCAGGUUUGAGCCACCAGCGUCACGCAUGUACAACUUUCACCCCAAUGACGAUGAGAUGGCAGUCGACAGUGGCGUUCAGAUGUUCAGCGACAAGAACACUGGCACUAUGAGUAGUGAGACAAGCCCCGGUACCGUUGCGAACUUGGAUUGGUACCGCAGUAGUGCGAGCCCUGUUCAUUUUGGAUCAACGAGUACACAUACAAUGUCUUCGGGUCCAAUGAUUAACAUGUCUCCGAGCCCAGAACAGAUUUCUAGCUCGAGUCCUGAACGAAUGGACCUCUCCAGUCCAUCGGAAAGACGUAGCCAACGGCUCGCUCAGAAGCACGAUCAACCACAGUCAGAGAUGCAAGACAUUGAAAUGACAACAACCAUUGCGCAACAGCAACCUGCGCAGGACGAUCUAGGACGCUAUGCCGAGCAACCCGACGAAGUACGUAUGGAAGCCAUGAACCAGUUCAUAUUGGCCAACAUCGAAGACGACGCUUUCAUGAAGUUGUGUGUUGAUGUCGAAAGCUGCUGGCGCCGUUUUGCGCUGGACAGACGUGGCUGAGGUUUUGCAGCGAACAUCGCACACAUAAAUGCUUGAGGAAGCGAUACACGAUACACACCUUACGACGCAUGCAUGCAUACAUACAGAUGUAUCUUUGAUCAUCAAGAUGGAA